GCCAGAGGCAGGGAGCCCCGCACGCGGGUCUCGGCGGCGCUCGCGGCUCACUCCCCACUCUCGACUCUGUGGCACCCUGGGACUCUAGUGACGUCAGAAGGAGCCGGGAAACCCUAAAGCCCCAGGGCAGGGAGCUCACAGCUCGGAGCUGAGCCCUGGCAGGGGGGCGCGCCUCCCUGCGCCACCAGCUCUCCUCGGGAGCGACUCCCUUUCGGCGCUGGCCCCUGGCACCGGAGCGCGCCGGCUCUGCGCUGCGACCCUGGGCAGGAGAGCGACGGAGACCGAAGCCAGACCUGCAGCCCCUUUCAGACUCUCCCCCCGGGCGCCCGGCCUCGGAGCGCACCGCUGGCUAGCUGCACCCCGCGGCCUCGGAGCGCAGAGUUGCGGCUCCAUGGAACAGAGCGCGCUGAGCUGACGCUACUCCGGAGCAGAAGCGAAGAGAAGCGCAGCCCAGGAUCCCCUCCCGAGCCGAGCCGGGCCCUUGCCCUUCUCCCUGGGAUUGUAUCGGAGGACUGAGGAGCUGCCCCCUCCCUGCCAGCCGCGUCGCCCAGGAGCAGCUCACAGGUGGAAUGAAUUUGGAAAGACUGCCAGAGAGCUUAAGACCCCAGCCUUCCCACGACAUGGCUUCCAGCUUCCAUUUGCAAAGAUCUUCUGAAUCCAGAGACCCGAUUGAGAAUUCAGCCAGUGAAUCGUCAGAUACAGAAGUCCCAGAAAAAGAGCGGAGCGGCGAGCAAAAGAGUGAGGAUGGGAACGCGGACGAUCCGGCGAAGAAGAAGAAACAGCGGCGGCAAAGGACUCACUUCACCAGCCAGCAGCUGCAGGAGCUGGAGGCCACUUUCCAGAGGAACCGCUACCCGGACAUGAGCAUGAGAGAGGAGAUCGCUGUGUGGACCAACCUCACCGAGCCCAGAGUCAGGGUGUGGUUCAAAAACCGCAGGGCCAAGUGGAGGAAGCGGGAGCGCAACCAGCAGAUGGACCUGUGCAAGAACGGCUACGUGCCCCAGUUCAGCGGCCUCAUGCAGCCCUACGACGAGAUGUACGCGGGCUACCCCUACAACAACUGGGCCACCAAGAGCCUGGCCCCGGCGCCGCUCUCCACCAAAAGCUUCACCUUCUUCAACUCCAUGAGCCCCCUGUCCUCGCAGUCCAUGUUCUCCGCCCCCAGCACCAUUUCCUCCAUGAGCAUGCCCUCCACCAUGGGCCACUCCGCCGUGCCCGGCAUGCCCAACGCCAACCUCAACAACAUCAGCGGCUCCUCGCUCAACUCCGCCAUGUCCUCCCCCGCCUGUCCCUACGGCCCGCCCGCCUCGCCCUACAGCGUGUACAGGGACACUUGCAACUCCAGCUUGGCCAGCCUCAGACUGAAAUCCAAGCAGCACUCCAGUUUCGGCUACAGCAGUUUGCAGAGCCCGGGCUCCAGUCUAAACGCCUGUCAGUACAACAGCUGACGGACUCGCCCGGGCUCCAGCCGGGAGGGAGGCUUUGCAAAAACCCAAACCAAAAAAACCACGGACCAGAAAAGCUGUUGCAGGAGACGCCAAAAUCGAAUCCACGGAUGAGUUGCAAUUUUCCUCUGGAUGAUGCGGGUUGUAUGUGUUUACUUGAACUUGCACAGGAGUUUCUAAAGCGUCCACUUUAUAGAGCAUAAGAGUGGAAAGGGGGGAAAGGGGUGUAUGAUAUGGGACGGUGGAGUGGUGGUGGUAGUAAAGGCUGCAGACUGGGCUGCCCAGUUUGCGGUAGGGGAAGAGGUUUGGAUAAUGUUUACCACUGACAAAAAAAAAAGUAUCACGUGCAGAGUGGAUUCUGCGGGAAUAUGGUUAAAAUAGUAGGUAUGAAACUAUUAAAAAAAACGUACAGACAAGGGUCAACCACUUAACGAAGGUUCUAUUUAUAUCUGCCGUUACAUUGUGCCAGAUCGUUGAAUAAAAUGGUUUUCAAAUGCAUGAUUCUUGAUGUUGUCUUUAGUUGGAAGCUAUGAUCCAGUCAUUCCUAGCAGGAAGCUACCAGUUCCUACCUCUCUAGCCUUUCCAAAAGGACUGCAGUAUCUGAGAAGAGCCCCACAAUAUAUCACGCCACCAAUGCUAACCUGGCCAGCGUUUUCUCCACCCAAAAUCUUAUCCUGAUAAUGAAAUUAUCAGUCAUCUUUAUUUAAAAUGUGUUUUUCUUUUUAAAACAUUUCUAGAGAGUCUAGAAGAAAAAAAGUCAGAAAACGGACUGUCAUUAAGUGAACCCAGAUACUGCAAGAAACAGCGAGUCUUGAAAUAAUGAAACGUUGCUUAGCAAUUUUGAAAAGUUCCUUAUUUUUCUAGAAGGGAAGGAAAAACAAGGAACCAAAAAUAAUCUUAAGGUGUUAUGAUGUAAAUGUAGAUGCUUGUUGGCAAAAAAUGGACGAUAAAAUAUGAUCUUUUAAAUAUUAAUACGCAUACAAAACGCAUAUGAAGUUUAAUUGCAGGCAUAUUUGUUGCUUAUUUUUGUCGAUACUUAUUACCUGUAGAUGACAAAGAAACAUAAUAUAAAAUGCACAAGGUAUUCCUUUUCCCAGUGUAUUUCACACCUGUGGUAAACGUUACGCUGGAUGUUUCAAUAAUGCUGUUGUGGAUAAGGAUGCAGUAUCUAUUGUUUUAUAAGUUAUGUUUUGUGAUUUUUUUCCAAAAUUAAAAGCAUGGGAAUAAAAACAAACUCUAGCAAUGCUUUUAAUCUUUUCUGCCUAUAUUUAUGAUAUAUCUCAACAUAUAAUAAAAAAAAGUUUUAUUCGAAAUUCAACAUCCAACAUUACCAUUUCGAGGAGUUGCCUUUUAUUAAG